ACUGAGUACCAUUCUUUUAUGUUAUAAAUAUAUCCCUUCGUAUUAUAUGCUAUCAACAGUAUUGACAUAAACAAAAUAUUUAACAACAACGAAAGUUGAUCGAUACAAGGAAUAAUGGAAGAUCUACCAGGGUUCCGAUUUCACCCAACGGAAGAAGAACUUGUUGAAUUUUACCUCAAAAAUAAAAUCCUUGGCAGAAAAUCGCGAUGUGAUGUAAUUGGUCUACUGAACAUUUAUCGUCAUGAUCCUUGGGACCUGCCAGGGCUUGCGACCAUUGGAGAAAGAGAAUGGUAUUUUUUUGUGGCAAGAGAUAGAAAACAUGGAAAUGGAGGUAGGCCUAAUAGGACUACAGAAAAGGGAUUUUGGAAGGCUACUGGUUCUGAUAAAAAGAUCAUUGGUUUAUCAAAUCCUAAAAAUAUAAUUGGUCUUAAGAAGACUUUGGUUUUUUAUACUGGAAGAGCACCUCGUGGCUCUAAGACAGAUUGGGUCAUGAAUGAAUUUCGAUUACCAGAUACCGUCUCAUGGCCUAAGGACAUAGUGUUGUGCAAAAUAUACAGAAAAGCGACAUCUUUGAAGGUGUUAGAACAGAGGGCUGCAAUUGAAGAAGAAAUGAAGCACGUACACAGCUCUCCUUGUUCGACAACCCUGCAGCCAAUGGACGCCAUGUCAUUUUGUAACGAACAUCAUGAACUGACGGAUAAGAGCCCCGAUUUGUUUACGUCAAUCAGCAAGGAUGAAGUAGAUGAUGAUAGGUUAUCAGUUACUGAGAACAAAGAGAAGAGUAAUUGCUUUAGGCCAAAAUUAUUAAAUGGACAAGAUAGCCUGGCUGAACUGCAAGUACCAAAAUUCAGCAUGGACUUUAGUCAGGACCCUGUCUGGAUGCAAUUGCGUAGCCCUUGGCUUGAUAAUUUUAUAUUGACACCUUCCGCGUUUGUGCAUAACUUUUAGGACUCGUUAAACCAUCAAUCUCAAUUUCUUUGGAUAUUUUUCAACAAUAAUAGAAGUGUUAUGCUCACUGCUACAACCUAACCAGCUGACCUGGGGUGUUUGUUCAUAUAGUAUCCUUAAUGGUUCCAUAAGUAGUAUAUAUAGCUGAUAAAUUGUGUAUUGACUAAUGCUGUUUAUGUUUAUAUUGGACAUAAGUCUGGAUGGGUAACAGAAACAUGGAGCAUUAAUGUAAAUUUUCAAAUGGUAAAUUCUUAUUUGAAUAAAAAAACUAACUAUAAGUGGCAUAAA